AAGCACAACAAAUACAUUUUGGGCUCCACCAUGGCAGGAUGUGCAGUAGUAGUAGUACUGCUGCUGUGUAUGGUACAUUUCAGCCAGACUUCAGAGUCACACUACACUAACUACUGGGUGGUACGGGUAUCCGGCGGGGAGACAGCCGCCCGCCAUGUGGCUGCUAGGAACGGCUUCACAUACCUCCAUAAGUUUGACCAUCUUGCUGACCACUACACCCUACUCCAUGAGAGGACUGAAGCCCGGUCCAAAAGAAGUGCAGAUGACGUGAACUCAAAGCUGGCGUCGGAUCCCCAGGUGCACUGGCUGUCCCAGCAAGUGGCACACAAACGGGUGAAACGACAGCUGUUUGCAGAUGAUCCCUUUGCUUUCAAAGAGCAGUCCUUCGUUGGAGACGAGUACCCAGAUAUCUCACUCAGUGAGGUCAGGAGGGAGGCGCUGAUGGCAAAGAGGGGAGACAUGUCAGAAGAGCAGAGUUCUGCAGCUGAGAAGGAAAAGAAGGGCUCUGAUGGAGACAAGGCAGAGGCACGGGCGGCCGUGGAUGACUUUGUGAACUCUGUCAUUGAACAGGGUCACAGCUCAAAGGUGGAUAAAAUGGUCAAGUUCAAUGACCCGGAGUAUAGCAGGAUGUGGUAUUUGCAUAAUGAUGGCCAAACUGAGGGACCAAAGGGCCUGGACAUCAACGUGAUUCCAGCCUGGGUGAAUGGGUACACAGGGAAGGGCAUUGUGGCAACCAUUGUUGAUGACGGAUUUGACUACACCCAUCCGGAUCUGAAGAGAAACUAUGACCCAGAGGCCAGUUUUGACUACUCAGAUCCACGGAACCUGAAUGGAAACCCCAUGCCUGUUCCUCAGUCUGAUGAUCCCAUGAACCAUGGGACAAAGUGUGCUGGAGAAGUUGCCAUGGAGGCGGACAAUGGGAACUGUGGAGUGGGUGUGGCAUAUGAUGCUAAAAUUGGAGGGAUCCGACUGAUUACUGGCCCUGUGAGCGAUGCCCAGGAAGCGGCCUCCCUCAGUCACAAGCGGGACCACAUUGACGUCUACUCCUGCUGCUGGGGGCCGUCAGACGACGGCAAGACUGUGCAGAAACCAGGGGAACUGGUCACCAGGAUACUUGAGGACUCUACAGCCAAUGGCAGGAACAAGAGAGGUAAUGUGUACGUCUGGGCCUCAGGAAACGGUGGCAGUAAUGAUGACGACUGUGGGGCAGAUGGAUAUGUCUCCAGUAUCUAUACCAUCGCUGUUGGAGCUAUCAGUGUUGAUGGCCUGUCAUCCUACUACAGUGAGUCAUGUUCCCCCACUAUGGCCGUGGUACCGACUGGGGGAGAGCACAGGCUCGAUAGUUUUAAUGGCGACUUGGCAGAAAUGGUCCGGCGUGGGGAAGUUUACGAGCGCAAUGUUAUUACAACUGACCAGAACCACAGGUGUACUGACCACUUCCAGGGAACGUCUAGUGCAGCUCCACUGGCCACUGGAAUCGUUGCACUGACCCUUCAAGCCAAGUAUGGUUUUGGCAUGAUGGAUGCUGGUGCCAUGGUAAAGUUGGCCCAAGAAUGGACCCCUGUGGGACACCAGCACCGCUGUGUUGUUACCUAUGAUGGCCCAAAACAAGAUCUCCUGGCCGGGGGAGAAGUUGAACUGGAGCUGCAGACAACUGGCUGUCACGACACCAGGGACCAAGUGGAGGUACUGGAACAUGUGCAGUCUGUUAUGACCAUCGACCAUCAGCGUCGAGGAGACCUGUCCAUCAAACUGACUUCUCCAAAAGGGACAGAGUCACAGCUCAUGUCCACACGAUCAAGGGACGACAGCACGGACGGGUUCCAGGAUUGGCCUUUCCUGACAGUGUACAACUGGGGAGAGGACCCCAGCGGAAAGUGGAAGGUGACUGUGAAGGACAACUCUGGGACCGGACGCAAGAGGAACAAUGAGCCUGUGGGAACAGUGAGCGCCUGGUCACUGGUUCUGUGGGGAACACGGGAUGAGGACAAGUUCAACGCACGGGCUGCAGAAAUGGAGCAAGUCGCCCGCUGCGUGAACGCAGAAGACAAGGAAGAUUGUGCUCUCAAGGCACUCGUCAGUGACUUCACUAAGGAUUUCACAGAUGAGGUCAUGCCAAAUGACAUCAUCCCUGCAGAUGAGCUGGAAAGCCAAAAGGAGGCAGAAGGUGUGAGUAUGAAUGAGCUACUGAACACCUUCUACCACGCUGUCGACAAGUUACAACGGGAGAAGGGCAACAAGGACGACAAGAUCCCUGUAACCGUGGAGCAGGCUCGGGAAUUCAUCAGCAACAUGGAGCGACGAGACCCGGAGUGGCUGAAACAUCAGAUCAAUGAGUUAGAGGAUCUUAUCCAGAACAUGAAGCAAAUGGACAAAAAGGAGAAGUAGAAAGUGGUUUUGUACCACAGUACAUGUAUCAGUCAGUAACCUCUGCCUAUCGGGGCAACUUUCCUAAAAUAUAGUGUUAUAAGACAUCAUCUUCAAAUAUUAUCUACAUUUGUACAUGUGCUUAACCUGUGACAGUAGUUUUCUUGUCUGGAUAGCUCAAUACAAGAGUUGUGCCAUUCUGGAAGGUAGAGAUUGUAAAGUUACACUCUGCUGUUGUUUCCUUCUUCAUAGAUGUAACUUUGACUCUCAUAAUAGCAGCUGAGUUGUGCAAUACCUGAUUAGGAAUUGCAGGCCCAAACAGUAAGUUCAGAAGCCUAGAUAAACAAUGGCCAAUUAGUUCAUUGUAAAACUGUGACAGCUUUUUGCCAUGUGAAUACGCAAAACACAUGCUCUAUUUGAAGACAUGUAUACUUAUAUCAAGUUGACAGAUCUAUUCAGAAAGGUUACUGACUGUUACAUAUUUCUUUGAUAGAGACUUUUCUUGAGCUUUUCAGCUAUGCUGCAGUUUGUGUAUGAUAUCAGAAGAAGUUUCAAUGGUAAAGUUAAGAAGUGAAUCGUGGUGAAAUUAGCCAGAAUAUGGUUGUUUGUGAAGAUGUGAAGAUAGAUUAUGAAGAUAGUGAAGAUAGAUUAAAGUGGCAUUACAUAUCAGAAGGAUUUCAUAUGCAUAUCUAUGUACUUGUGAAAAUUAACUGUAUGUGGUGAGAUUUGUAAGAUAUUCACAUUCUUUUGUGCUAACUAUAUUUCUUGCCAAGAAUACAGGAAGAACCAUUUUUAUACGUUUGUAUAAUCACUGACAAGCUGAGUAUUGUGAAAUACAAGGAAAAUCAGCAUGAUUUAUAUAUCCUGGGCAGACCUCACUCACUCACUCACUUUAUGGUUUAUCAUUUGUUGUCUGGUUUAACGUGCUAAGUAAUACAUAUCAAGUAAUGAUUCAUUUUUGAUUUUAUAAUUAUAUCUAUAUAUAUUCCAAAGCUACAAUAGGUGUAUGUAAUCAAGAUGACUACAUUUUUAUAACUGGUUUGCAGUGUUGCUACAUAUACAUUUAUAUACACGUAGUUGGUGAAUAGUGCAACGGAAAGCAAUAUUACAGUGAAAAGUAAGAGUUUAAUCAUGAGUUAUGAAACAAGCAGUUGGUUGUGUAAUAUAUAUAUAUAUAUAAAAUAUAUAUGUACAUUUUGGGAUGCAUGCUGCUGUUGAAAAAAAAUCUAGGAUGUUCAUUGUCAUUGACCAAAGAACCCAUGUUAUUGUCAAAAUGCAUUGGUCAUUGAAAAGCAGAAAGCUUUCAGCACACAAAUCAUUAAAAAUGCAAUCAUUCAACACAUUUUGCAAAAGAGUUGUGGUGAAUUAUCUUACUGUAGUACUUUAAGUCACAACUUUUUAAGUUCUUGGAUCUUUAUGGGCUGCUUCAGUUUUAUCUUUUUAAUUUGAAAACCAACAAACACACUGAAAGGUCAUGUACUGUUCAGUGUAAUGAUCAAUCCCCAAAUCCUCCUAUUUGUGCAACAAAACUCUUCAUAUACAUUUAUAUAUAACUAUUACAGUUUCCCAAGUCAUUUAGCUAUGCAAAAGGCACCUUAAGCUUUUCAAAGGGUAAGCUGUCAGGAAUGUUGACUUUGGCUCCUGUGCUAGCAUACAGGAUGCCCCAUAGUUUUUUGUCUGCCUGUUCUGUAACUUGUACAUGUAUGUUCCUGUGUAUCAAGAAAUGACUUUGACUUUGGUGUGGUCCAAGGAUGAUGCUUAUUUGUUUAUCAAACUUUACCAUCACAAUAUUAAUGGAGGGGGAGUCUAAACAUUUGAUAUCACACCUCAACCCUGUAGUGUUACAAUAUGUGGAACUUAUUGGUGAACAAUUACUGGCUCUCUAAUAAGGGAAAAGUCAAAUGUUUAUUAUCCGUAUUAUCAAUGUGUACCCCUGAGACAGUAACUUCAAAUGCCUUCAAUACUUUGUACUGUGCUAUGGAAUGAGACUACAGGUAGUUAGAUAAUUAGAAACACUGUAGUACAAUGCUAAACUUUUUUCCAACACAAAAGUAUACAUGGAUAAAAUUUUCAGGAUCAGUAAUGGUCAAUCUCUUUAGAACGUAAACUUGCGAGAGUUACAGACAUGCGAUCUUAAAAACACGUGGCUUGCGGAUAUGUGGUGUCAGCAAUUGGUCAAAGGUGCCAGGGAGUUUAUAAUACCUACCGUUUCAGUUCAGUGAUAGUUGGAGUGCCCUGAUGUUUAUGGCCUCUUUUAUACCUCUUACCUGUCACAUUCACAACGAAUCACCGGGCCACAGUUUUUACUGGACAGUCAUACUGGACAGCAUGACUCUCAGGGUUCUCCAACCAUCUCAGAACAGAGACGGUGGGCAUUAUAAAUCCCCAUGCACGUUUGACCAUUUGCUGACGUCACAUAUGCGCAAUAUCACGUGUCUGUAACUCUCGUGAGUUUGCGUUCUGAAGUGAUUGGUCAUCAGUAUUGAUCCUGAAGAAGGCCACAGUGGUCCUUGAAAAUGUGCUUCCUUGAUAAUAAGUCACACUGAAUGUUUUAACUCUUCUUUGUCACAGAAUAGAGAAUUUCUGAAUGUCAAACGUUGACAAUGAUAAGCCUGUGAUUUAGAUAUAUGGUGAAAAUUGUAUACAGCAUCAAGUAAUAGCAUGAUUCCGGAUAUUGGCUAGUAAUUGAUAGACUAAGUAUAGAUAGUAGAAAAAACAUAUAUUGAAACAUAUCCAGACCAGAAGUUUCUGUUUAAAACUGUUGCAAGGGGUCAGUCAGUAAUGUUAUGAUGUUAUGAAAUGACUCCUUAGCUCAAUAAAGAAAUACAAUAGACGCAGUACAUUUCGCAUAUCAAAUUAAAAUAUAUCAAUAGCACCUA